AUGGUGGAGUACUAUGAAGCCCUGGGCAUUCCCCGCAGCGCCUCCUCUGACGACAUAAAAAAGGCGUACAGGAAGGCGGCGCUGAAAUGGCACCCGGAUAAGAACCCGGAGAACAAGGAACACGCCGAGCGGAAGUUCAAAGAGAUUGCGGAGGCCUAUGAAGUGCUGUCGGACAAGAGCAAGCGCGACCUCUACGACCGCUACGGCAAGGACGGGCUCACGGGGGCCGCGUCUGCUUUUCCCCCAGGGACCGGGGAUCCCCGGGGUGGUGCAGGAGCUCCGGGCUUCACCUUCACCUUCCGCGGCGCGGACGAGGUCUUCAGAGAGUUCUUUGGGGGACGAGAUCCUUUCGCCGACUUCUUUGGUGAGCAUUAGCCCAGUCUGGCGUCCUCCUGAGGUGAGGUGGGCCAAG